AUGGUAGAUCGAACAAAAGUUGAAGUUAAGCUAGAUUUUCCUAUAUCCCUUGAAGAUAUCCUUACUCCCCCCCUCCGAGAGUGAACAAAAAAAAAGUUUGUUCACUCACGGAGGGGAUUAAUUUUUUUAAAAAAAUUUAUAUAUAAAUAUAGAAACAAUAUUUUUCGAAAUUUAAAAAAAUCCUAAUUUGCAAAAAUUGGGAAGCAAAUAUUAUUUUAAUUUAUAAAAUUUAUGUUUUAAAAACGAAUUUGUUUAAAAUUAAACAGAAUUAGCUCGGGUUUCAUUAUAUUAAUUAUCAUUUAUAUAUCAAAAAAUUUUUUUCUAUUAAAAAAUUUUUGUUCACUCACGAAGGGUGGGUUUUUUGGCAAAAAAUAGGAAUUUUUCUAAUGGUUUUGCUCACUCACAGAGGGGGGAAGCUAGCGUUUCCGUUAAUACCAACAAUUUCAAACUUGUAUUUGACUUUAUCCUAGAUAUUCUCAGAAAGCAUGAAAACGUGAUGCGCGAUAUAAAGUAACCUCUAAUUAGAAAUAUUACAAAUUCUGAAGGCUUAUCUUCAGAGAUAUCAAAAAUUAAAGAAAUGCUUGCAGCUCAACAGCAAGAUAUUGAUGAGAUGAAGAAAAUUUCUACAGAGCAAAACACCAAAAUACAAAGCAUUGAUGACAAGCUAAAUGAUGGUUUCAAGCGUCAUGAUAUUUCUCUUGAAGACAUAUAUCAGCGCCUUGACCAGCACCAAGAACAGCUAAACAAUCAAGUCAGACAAAUCGAUACCUUAAGGAUUGAAGUUGAAGACGAAGCAAAGCGAAUUUCAGAAAAUGAAAUAAAAAUGAAGGAAAUUCAAAAUAAAACUGAAAAAAACGUGUCAGAUAUCAAUGAUCAUGAGCUUAGGUUGAGAGUUUUAGAACAAAAUAUUGAUGAUAUCAUCAACGGUAUUAGGAAUGGCUCACUCUCUAACAAUAAAAAAAGCAGCGAAGCUAAUGAUGAGUCAAAACGAUUUUCAGAUCAAUCAAGGACAAACAUUUCAAAUGAUAUAACAAGAGAAGUAAGAGACCUCAAUAUUAAGCUAAGAGAGCUUGAAAGCAAGCUGAAAUCAGUUGAUGAGAAAUCUGAAGACGCUAAAAUAAUCGCUGAUAGAGCUGACCAAAGAACAGCUUUCCAUGAUAGCAAAAUCACUGAACUUGAAGAAUCUAUAAGAAAAUUAGAACACUUAUAUAAGCGAUUUGAUAGCAAUGGACAAUCAGUUUCAGAUGAACUAGAUUCAUUGAAAAAACUUUUCAGACAAUUUGAAGAAACCUUAAGGCAGAAAGUGGACGUAGAAGAUUUUGAUCAGCUUAAAUCAAUGCUUCAAAACCAAGGAGGCAGUGCAGGAGGACAUCCUCAGCCUAGCAAUUCUGGAGGAUCUAUUUCUACUAAAGACUUAAAUUUAUUGAGGGAACUUGGAAAACGAUAUGAUGAUCUCAGAGAAAAGCUGGAAUCAUUAAGUGGGGUUAAUCCUCAGCUUAUUGAUGAUAUUUUGAGCAGAAUAAGCAAGCUUGAAGAAACUAUCAUUAAAAAAGCUGAUAAAAGCGAUUUAGAUGAACUUACUCCGCUUUGCUUUUUAAAACCGAAUAAGUCUAAUCCAAUGAAAGAGUCUUAACUUUGUUAUUGGAAAAUAAUAAAAUUUCGGUAGACAAAACGCUAAAAUUUUCAACAAAAAAAAAUAUUAAAAAAAAAUUAUCAAUUCAACAGUUCCGAUUACAGAGUGGGAGAGUCAAAAGUCUUUUAAGCAAACUUAAAAGCGACAUUGAACGGCAUGAAAGAUCAAUCAGAAGCCUAGAGGAAAGGCCAAUUUCUUUUGGAGCCAGUGGAGAAGACAUAGGAGCCAGUGGCGCUGAUUCUUCUAAAAUUAACUCUUUAUCAAGAAGAAUUGCAGUCAUUGAAGAGCAACUUCGAUUACUAGUGCUCCCUGAAGGCAUUGAUUUAAUUCACAUGUGAAAUCUUCUACAAAGAGCUACAGAAGAUAUAAAAGAACUGAAAGAAAAGUUUGAAAAAAUGUAUAAAGAAUUUUGAACAAAAAUAAAAGAACUUAAUGACUUAUUCUCAGGCCAAGCAAGCCAAGAAGACCUUAAAAAUCUUGAAAAAAGCUUGCAAGAAAAAGUCAUUGCAGUCUGCGAUGCAAUGGGCAAAAAAUUUGCAGAUAAAACAGACACGAAAAAAGCUUUGAAAUAUUUAGAAAGGCUAAUAAGAGAAAUUUAUGAGUCGCCUGGCAAAGAAAGAAGAGAUGGGGAAGAUGCAAUGCUGGCUAAAAAGCCAUUGGGCGGCUGGUCUUGUGCAUCAUGUGAAAAACAGCUUGAGAAAUUAGCAGGAAAAGUCGCAAAUUAUCAGCCUUGAAACAAAAUGCCUCAUCGUGAUCCCGCAGAUCGCAUUGCGAGAGCUGGCCCUGGGUUCUCUAGGAUGCUUGCAACGGUAAACCCAGAGAUGCUGAGCAAUCGCACAAGAACUUCUCACUAUCAUGCCCAGUCACCAAUAAAUUCUCAUUUUGAAGAAGAUAUGCCAGGAAACAACUCUGAUAUGGUAAACUUACCUCCUGUUCGUGGAGGAGAACGCCCAACAAGUUCGAGUUAA